AUGGAUGGAAAAUUUUGCCUCGGUCUCUUCUACUCCUUUCUAUGGGCAAUUCUGGUUGUAUUUAUUGCCUGGCCGUUUGCUGUAAUCCUCGCGGUGGUAUACAUCGUCCUGAUUCCCUUCGCUUCCUGCAUCGAGAACAUUGAACCUAGCCUUGAUGGCAUGUUUAAGUACUUCAAACUUCCACUGGUAUGGGCUAGAAAAGCCAUGGAAAUGACUCCGAUUUAUAAUUGCAAUUUUAGUUGA